AGGUGUCUCAAAUAGGCCUGGUUCAUGGCACACACGUAACGGUUGAUAAAACGCAGGGAAAAGUACCGUGGAAGCGUGACACGGGCCAAAACCAUCGGAAACUUCAACAACAAGGCAAUAAUAGCGCAAAUACAACGACAAAAAUGUGUUAUUUGAAAAAAUUGAGGUUAGGUUCGGGAAAAAGUGAGGUUGAGUUGUUGUGAUCUUAGACACCGCCAGUAUUAUUUUUGUCUCGUUUUUUAUCAAAUUAUUGCACAAUUAUGACCUAUUUGAGACUAAAAAUGUCAGUAACGAGCCACUGUAAUUUUUUUCGAAUGUUGUUCUAAUUUUAUUUAAAAAAAUUCAAGGAUGCGACUAAAGCUACGGUUGAUUUUGACAGGAAUGUAAACAUAACCCGACUUUUGUCGCAAUGUAGCCGGUUUUAAUUUAAUUAUUUCAUUAUGUUGAAGAUGUUGACGGCCCGCAAAAGCAAGACCCUUGUAUCCGGUGGGUGUUUUCUCAUCAUUUUGUAUUACUUCGGGGUGUUUACUCAUUUGUUCGAGUCUGAGUUCAAGUCCUACUUUCAGUACCCCUACGAUGGGGACAUUGAAGAGUUCGUGCAGGCACUUCGCUCGAACGCAAGCCCUAAAGUGCCCCCUAUUAACACCUACAACUUCCAUUUUGCUAAAUCAAGCCCCAACAAGUGCAAAGGCGUGGAAAAUUUGCGACUGGUUUAUUUGGUAAAGUCAGCCCCCGGGAAUUUUGACCGUCGAAUUGCGAUUCGUGGGAGUUGGGGCUACGAGCACCGCUUCUCUGAUGUGGAAAUCCGCAUGGUUUUUCUCCUAGGUGAGUCGGAAGAUGCAAUUUGGCAACGCAAAAUCCAAACGGAGUCCGAGAGGUUUAAAGACAUCGUCCAGGCGAAUUUCACGGACAGUUAUUACAACAACACGUUUAAAACCAUGAUGGGGUUUACAUGGGUGGUCCGGUUUUGCCCCACAGCCCGUUUUUACAUGUUUGUGGACGAUGAUUAUUACGUUUCGACGAAGAAUUUGUUGCGGUUUAUUCGGAACCCCACCGCUUAUCCGAAUUACCUCGAACCGGCCAAGCAACGAAGACUGCACCAAUUUGACUUUGAUUUGGACGUGAACGUGCGACUCUACGCGGGGUAUGUCUUUAAGUCAGCCCCUCAUAGACACAGGAUCAGUAAAUGGUACGUGUCUCUGAGCGAGUAUCCGUACGACAUGUGGCCCCCUUAUGUGACUGCAGGGGCGUAUGUGGUGUCAAGAGAGGCGCUUUUAGACAUGUACUACGCCAGUUUCUAUACAAAACAUUUCAAAUUCGAUGAUAUUUAUGUCGGAUUGUUGGCGUUUAAAUGCAAAAUUGAACCAUAUCAUUGUGAUCAGUUUUAUUUUAAUAAAGUGAAUUAUAAUCUUGAAGAUUAUAAGUUUAUGGUGGCGUCCCAUGGCUAUGGGGAUCCGAGGGAACUUGUCAAUGUUUGGACCCAGCAAAGGGCAAAAAAUAAUGCGUAGGUAUGUGAGUACUUAUUAAAUUAAAUUGGCAACACUGAAUAAAAUAACGACAAGAAAUUGAGUUAUUGUUCAAUGUUGCUAACUUAAUUUCAGAAUCACACGCCACUUUGAUCAGAAACGUUAGUGUGACUAUUUGUCAAUUUAUUGAAUGAUUUAAUAAAAAUGUGAUAUCUUUUUGAUUUUUA